GCUCCCGGGUAGCCCGACUGCGCAGGCGCCGCUUCCGCGCCAACAUGGCGGCCGUGUUGCUGCUGCUACGUGCCCUCCGUCGGGGCCCGACUGCGGGGCCCGGGCGACUGCGGGGCUCCUCCUCGGGCUGGAGCCCAGGCCUCACCACCGAAGGCGGGAGGAGGUGCCAGCACUUCGUCUACAGGCCUCCGAUCCGACUCGCGGGCGCCGGAGGCCAAGCCAAGCAGAACUUGCAGUCGUGCCUGCUGACCCCUACCUGUGACAGAUUCCGGGGACUGUUGCUGAAACAGCAUCUCAUCCAGGAUCCAGUCAGACUCUGGAAACUCUUAGGUGGCACUUAUUAUUUUAACACGUCCAGGAUGAAGCAGAAGACUAAGGACAAUGGUAAAUCCAAGGCGAGGACCCCUGAAGAUGACGAAGAGGAGAGGAGACGCAAGGAGAGAGAGGACCAGAUGUACCGCGAGCGGCUCCGCACCCUGUUUGUCAUCGCCGUGGUCAUGAGCCUGCUGAACGCGCUCAGCACCAGCGGGGGCAACAUUUCCUGGAACGACUUCGUCCACGAGAUGCUGGCCAAGGGCGAGGUGCAGCGCGUGCAGGUGGUGCCCGAGAGCGACGUGGUGGAGGUCUACCUGCACCCCGGAGCCGUGGUGUUCGGGCGGCCUAUGAACCUUCUGCUGCUGGAGCCCUGCAGCGUCUGGGGGUCGUCCGUCUGGCCCGUGUGUCACUCGCACCACCUGUGCUCUCUGCCCCAGCGGCUGGCCUUGAUGUACCGGAUGCAGGUGGCAAACAUCGACAGGUUUGAGGAGAAGCUCCGAGCCGCUGAAGACGCCCUGAACAUUGAAGGCAAGGACAGGAUCCCGGUCUCCUAUAAGCGGACAGGAUUCUUUGGAAAUGCCCUCUACGCCUUGGGGAUGACCGCAGUGGGCCUGGCCAUCCUGUGGUACGUGUUCCGUCUGGCUGGGAUGACAGGACGGGAAGGAGGACUCAGUGCUUUUAAUCAGCUUAAGAUGGCUCGUUUCACGAUUGUGGACGGCAAGAUGGGGAAAGGAGUCAGCUUCAAAGAUGUAGCAGGAAUGCACGAAGCCAAACUAGAAGUCAAAGAGUUCGUGGAUUAUCUGAAGAGCCCAGAGCGCUUCCUUCAGCUCGGCGCCAAAGUCCCAAAAGGCGCGCUGUUGCUCGGGCCCCCUGGCUGUGGGAAGACCCUUCUGGCCAAGGCAGUGGCGACGGAGGCCCGGGUGCCCUUCUUGGCAAUGGCUGGCCCGGAGUUCGUGGAGGUCAUUGGAGGCCUCGGCGCUGCCCGUGUGCGGAGCCUCUUCAAGGAAGCCCGGGCCCGGGCGCCCUGCAUCGUGUACAUCGACGAGAUCGACGCCGUGGGCAGGAAGCGCUCCACCACCAUGUCUGGCUUCUCCAACACGGAGGAGGAGCAGACCCUCAACCAGCUCCUGGCGGAGAUGGACGGAAUGGGCACCACGGACCAUGUCAUUGUCCUGGCAUCCACCAACCGAGCUGACAUCUUGGACAACGCUCUGCUGAGGCCAGGCCGACUGGAUCGACACGUCUUCAUCGACCUUCCCACGCUGCAGGAAAGGCGGGAGAUUUUUGAGCAGCACCUGAAGAGCCUGAAGCUGACCCAGGCCAGCAGCUUCUACUCCCAGCGUCUGGCAGAGCUGACGCCGGGGUUCAGUGGUGCCGACAUCGCCAAUAUCUGUAACGAGGCCGCGCUGCACGCUGCGCGAGAGGGCCACACGUCCGUCCACACGUUCAACUUCGAGUACGCCGUGGAACGAGUCAUUGCCGGGACCGCCAAAAAGAGCAAGAUCCUCUCCAAGGACGAACAGAAGGUGGUUGCGUUCCACGAGUCGGGCCACGCCUUGGUCGGCUGGCUGCUGGAGCACACGGAGGCCGUGAUGAAGGUCUCCAUCGCACCGCGGACAAACGCAGCCCUGGGCUUUGCUCAGAUGCUUCCAAGAGACCAGCACCUCUUCACCAGGGAGCAGCUGUUCGAGCGGAUGUGCAUGGCCUUGGGUGGCCGCGUGUCGGAAUCCAUCUCCUUCAACAAGGUCACUUCUGGGGCUCAGGACGACCUGAGGAAGGUCACGCGCAUCGCCUACUCCAUGGUGAGGCAGUUUGGCAUGGCCCCAAGCAUCGGGCCCGUGUCCUUUCCCAAGGCGCAGGAGGGACUCACGGGAGUUGGACGGCGUCCCUUCAGCCAGGGCCUCCAGCAGAUGAUGGAUCACGAAGCCAAAGUGCUGGUGGCAAAGGCCCACAGGCACACGGAGAAGGUGCUGCGGGACAACCAGGACAAGCUGCAGGCGCUGGCAAAUGCCCUGUUGGAGAAGGAAGUAAUAAACUACGAGGAUAUCGAGGCCCUCAUCGGUCCGCCCCCUCACGGGCCCAAGAAGAUGAUCGCGCCUCAAAGGUGGAGUGAGGCCGAGAGGGAGAAGCAAGACGCCGGGGAGGAGGAGGCGCCUCAGCAGACCCCACUUCGCGGGGAGGAGCCAUCUUGGCCCAAAUAGACAGGCCUCCUGGAUUGUGCCUCGACUGUGCCGUGGGGACGCGGCGUCCCCCGCAGACCCAGGAAGGGAACGCCUCACUGAGUGCCCUGCCCCCGCCGUUCCUCUUUUGCCCAGACUGGUACCCCCUCCCAGCCCUCACUGGUCUCUAAAAAGACUUCUGAGAUCUAUUUAUUGACUGCCCUCCCGGUGAGAGGUAAACGUUUCUGCAGAUGA